UGAAGCCCUUCAAGUGUUCCCUGUGUGACUACGCCAGCCGCAGUAAGAGCAACCUGAAGGCCCACAUGAGCAGACACACCACGGAGAAGAAGCACCUGUGUGACAUGUGUGGCAAGAAGUUCAAGUCCAAGGUCACUCUGAAGAGCCACAAGCUGAUGCACACAGAGGACGGCAAGCAGUUCCAGUGUACAGAGUGUGAUUACAGCGCUGCACAGAAACCUCUACUGGUACGACACAUGGAGCAGCACGCCUCUUUCAAGCCCUACCGCUGCGGCCACUGUCACUACUCCUGUAACAUAGCAGGACCCCUGAAGAGACAUUACAGCAAGAA